UACGCCUGUAAACACUUCCGGAGUUCUGCUCGGUCGCUGAGGAGCUGCUGGUUUCUAAACUUUAACUUUUUGUGCUUUUUGUUGUGAGUUUAUUGUUUUAUUGUGAGAUUCUGUGAUGGCAGCAGAAGAGCAGGAGAUUCUGAAACUACAGCUCGAAGCUGUUAUUGGGUUCAAUGGUCACGUGUUCUCGGGCCUGCGAGUCCACCCGGACCGCGAGCACCUGAUCUACCCGCUUGGCUGCACGCUGAUCAUCAAGAACCUGCGGGACGGGAAGCAGGGCUUCCUCCACGGACACACCAACAACAUCUCCUGCGUGACUGUGUCCCGGAGCGGGACGUACGUGGCGUCAGGACAGGUCACCUUCAUGGGCUUUAAGGCUGACGUGAUAAUCUGGGAUUACGCUAAAAGAGACGUUCACGCUCGGCUCGUCCUCCACAAAGCCAAAGUGGAGACGCUUGCUUUCUCUCCGAAUGAGAAAUACCUGGUGUCUCUGGGAGGACAAGACGACGGCAGUAUCGUGGUCUGGAACGUGGAGAAGAAGGAGGCGAUCUGCGGGAGUCCGGCGUCGGCUCACAGCGCAGGUCACUGUCUCACCAUCAACUACUGCAACCUCAGCGAUGACGUCUUCGUCUCAGCCGGACAUGGUACGCUCCGUGUGUGGGAGCUCGACCUCCCCAACAGGAAGAUCCGCCCCACUGAGUGUCAGACGGGGCAGUUAAAGAGGAUUAUCAAGUGCAUAGAGAUGUCCGAGGAUGAUGCUUUCUUUUACUGCGGCACCACGAGCGGAGACGUCCUCAAAGUGAACCUGAAGAGUCGCCUGCUGAACAGCUACGGUCCGAUGAAGCACAAAUUCAGCAAAGGUGUAAAUGCUCUGAAGAUGUUGAAGACAGGAGAUUUGUUGGUGGGAUCAGGAGACGGAACGUUCAGCAUCUGCUCCAGCACCAACUUCAAAACCAUCAAGAGUGUGACGCUGGAGGGCGGCGUGACGUCCGUGGCUCUUCGUGGUGAAGGUCAGCAGGUGUUUGUGGGCACUGAGGCGUGUCAGAUUUACAGGUUCGGCUACACGGACUUCACGCCGGAGCUCAUCUCCACCAGCCACAGCAGUGCGGUUUGGGACGCAGCCUUUCCCGUAGGAACGUCGGAGCUCUUCGCCACUUGUUCUCAGGAUGAUAUCCGUGUUUGGCACACGGAGACCAGUAAAGAGCUUUUACGGAUCCGCGUCCCGAACAUGACGUGUAACGCGCUCGGCUUCAUGCGGGACGGCCGGAGCAUCUACAGCGCGUGGAAUGAUGGGAAAAUCCGGCUGUUCACUCCCGAGAGCGGCCGUCUGAUGCUGAUGAUCCCCAGCGCUCACAGUAUGGGCGUGACGGCGUUAACGAGCACCAGCGACUGCACACGCCUCGUUAGUGGAGGAGGAGAGGGACAGGUGCGAGUGUGGGAGAUCCUGCAGGACACACACAGACUCGUCACCAGCAUGAAGGAGCACAAAGCUUCAGUCAACGCCAUCAAGAUUAAAAGUAACGAUGAGGAGUGUGUGACGGCGAGCUCAGACGGAACCUGCAUCAUCUGGGACCUGGUGCGCUUUGUGAGGAAUCAGAUGGUUUUGGCGAACACAGUGUUCAAAAGCGUCUGCUAUCAUCCUGAAGAAUAUCAGAUCAUCACCAGCGGAACGGACCGGAAGAUUGGCUACUGGGAGGUGUAUGAUGGAGCAGCCAUUAGAGAGCUGGAGGCGUCGCAGACGGGGGCCAUUAACGGCAUGGACAUCAGCGCUGAGGGAGGACACUUCAUCACCGGUGGCGAUGAGAAGCUGGUGAAGGUGUGGGGUUACGCUGAUGGUGAUGUCACACAUGUGGGCGUCGGCCACAGCGGCAGCAUCAGCAGCGUGCGUUUGUGUCCCAACAGCAGAUUCAUCAUCAGCACCAGCGCAGACGGAGCCGUGCUCAGAUGGAGAUUCCCACACUGCACAUAAACCACACCCACAAAAUGCAGAAACCACACCCACACACACAGAAACCACACCCACAAAAUGCAGAAACCACACCCACAAACACAGCAUCCACACUCACAAACACAAAACACGCCCCCACACACAAACCACACCCAUAAACACAGCAUCCACACUCACAAACACAAAACACGCCCCCACACACAAACCACACCCAUAAACACAGCAUCCACACUCACAAACACAGAAACCACACCCACAAACACAGAAACCACACCUACAAAAUACAGAAACCCCACCCACAAACACAGCAUCCACACUCACAAACACAAAACACACCCGCACACACAAACCACACCCACAAAAUGCAGAAACCACACCCACAAAAUACUGAAACCAAACCCACACGGCACAUAAACCACACCCACAAAACACAGAAACCACACCCACACUGCACAUAAACCACACCCACAAAACACAGAAACCACACCCACAAAAUACUGAAACCACACCCACAAACACAGCAUCCACACUCACAAACACAAAACACACCCCGACACACAAACCACACCCACAAAAUGCCAAAACCACACCCACAAAAUACCAAAACCACACCCACACACACAAACCACACACACAAAACACAUAAACCACACACACAAAACACAUAAACCACACCUACAAACACACAGAAACCAAACAUACAAACCACACCCACGCAAACAUAAACCACAAACACAGAACACACCCACAAAACACAGAAACCACACCCACACUGCACAUACACCACACCCACAAAUACAGAAACCACACCCACACUGCACAUAAACCACACCCACAAAUGCAGAAACCACACCCACACUGCACAUAAACCACACCCAUAAAUACAGAAACCACACCCAUAAACACAUAAACCACACCCCCAACUUUGUCAGGGACAUAUACACACAUUUACACUAAAGAUAAUAUUCUGACAUGCUGAAUUUAAUUCUUUCUGACUUUGCUAUUAUUAUAGAAUAUUAUUUAGUUUAAUGUGAUUUUGUGAGUUCCUGUUAGAUUUUAUUUUUAGUUUUAACUUGUUUUCCUAUUUUUCCUUUUCACCACACACACAAUGUCUUAUCUGGUGUGUUUUUUCUGUAAAUUCAAAACAUCCUCUCAGUUUAUUUACACAAUAAACUAGAACCCAAGUUACACAAAUAUUACUUCAAUAAAUACAAAAGAAAAUGAACUCUCUCUCUUUAUACACACACACACACACACACACUGAUAGAAUGUGCUUUAAUUUAAUUUCAGCUCAUUUCUAAGACAAUUUCCUGGUUUUCAUUUAGUUGUAAGUU